AAAAAGUAAAAACUAAAAUAAUGAUAGUUUAACAGUUUUUGUGGUUAAAACGUGUCGGAGAGACAGAUGGAAUAUCAAAACAGACUUUGCAGUCAUACUUCCGCCUCAGCCAAACGGGACGCUUGAUCUCUUCCUGCUUUACCUGUUUUUCGGAAAACUGGAAAAUUCAUACAAAUCCUCGGAGUAUUUUAUGGACUUAUGGAUGCAGUUAUAAGUUUGCCAAACAACUAGCUAGCUAAUCUUUUUUUUGUUUUGUUGCAAGCGCACUUAAAAUACUCAAAGUAAGGCUGGGUCUUUAAACAUCAAGGAUUUGGUGUUUUCUAAGUUUUAGUUACUAAUCGACUGUCAACAAUGGGAUGCGGUGGCAGUACAGAGCAAAAACAGCGUGAGUGGAAACCAUUGGAGGAACGAAGCUGCACGGAUAUUCCAUGGCUCAUAAUAUUCACAUUGUUCUGUUUCGGAAUGGCCUUUAUCGCCUGUUUCUCUGUCGCCACGGGAGCUGGCUCCAGGCUGAUUUCUGGCUACGAUAGCUACGGUAAUACUUGCGGAAAGAAUAACAACAAGAUCGAGGGGGUCGAACUCAGUGGACGGGACCAGACUAAAAACAAGUAUGUCUUCUUCCUGGACCCCUGCAACAUUGACAUUUUGAACAGGAAGAUCAGGUCCAUGGCCCUGUGUGUGUCCCAAUGUCCAGACAUUGAGCUCAAGACUUACGACGACGUCAGAAGGUUUGCUCUGCAAAACGGGUCUGCACUCUGCUCCUAUGACAUUCCUCUGUCCAAGUAUAAGAGUCACCCUGAGCUGACCACAAAGUGCCCCAAACUCCCUGUGCCAGCCAGUAAGUCCCUCCCCAUCUUCAACCGCUGUACCCCGACGGACAUCUCGUGCUUCACCCACUUUUCCACCGCCGCCUUUGUCGCCGACAACAGCACGCUGCAGAGCGUGGUCGCCGGUGUGAUGGCCAGCAAGGAGAUCAUCAUGGGCCUGUGUGUCCUGGCCUUGGUCCUCUCCAUGAUUCUGAUGGUAGCGAUCCGCUACAUUUCCGUCGUUCUGGUGUGGAUCAUCACCGUCCUCGUGGUCCUGGUCUCUAUAGGUGGGACGGGGGUUCUCUGGUGGCUCUACGCGGACCACAGGAUGAACCUGAGCGACCUGACCAGUACCUUAACACCCCAACAGCAAGUGGCGACCGGAAACGUCCAGGCUCUGCUGGUGUAUGCCAUCGGGGCGACCAUCUUCACGGUGGUCCUGCUGUUGCUGAUGUUCUUCAUGCGGAAGCGGGUGGCGCUGACCAUCGCGCUGUUCCACGUGGCGGGCAAGGUCUUCAUCCACCUUCCCCUGCUCACCCUCCAGCCUUUCUGGACCUUCCUCUCCCUCAUGCUCUUCUGGGUGUCCUGGCUCGCCGUCUUCCUCUUCCUCGGAACCGCAGGCAGCCCGGUGCAGAACGAGGUGACGGGUCUGGUGGAGUAUCGUAUAUCCGGUCCUCUCCAGUACAUGGUGUGGUACCAUGCCGUGGGGCUCAUAUGGAUCAGCCAGUUCAUCCUAGCCUGCCAGCAGAUGACCAUAUCCGGAGCUGUGGUCACCUACUACUUCACCAGGAAUAAAUCCCAGCUGCCCCUGACUCCCAUCAUUUCGUCCAUGGUGCGACUGGCCCGCUACCACCUGGGCACCGUGGCCAAGGGCUCCUUCAUCAUCACCCUGGUGGAGAUCCCUCGCCUCGUCCUCACCUACAUCCACAACCAGCUCAAGGGAAAAGAAAACGCCUGCGCUCGCUGUAUGCUAAAAGCCUGCAUCUGCUGUUUGUGGUGCUUGCAGAAGUGUCUAACAUACCUGAAUCAAAACGCGUACACAGCGACCGCAAUCAACAGCACCAGUUUCUGUACGUCGGCGCGCGACGCCUUCGCCAUCCUGGUAGAGAAUGCCCUCAGAGUGGCCACCAUCAACACUGUGGGGGACUUUGUCCUCUUCCUGGGAAAGGUGCUUGUCGUCUCUUUCACGGCAUUUGUCGGCGUGCUGUCUCUCAACUACCAGCGGGACUACACGGUGUGGGUGUUGCCCCUGCUGAUCGUCUGCCUGUUCGCCUGGCUGGUGGCUCACUGCUUCCUGUCUGUCUUCGAGGUCGUAGUGGACGUGCUCUUCCUCUGCUUCGCCGUGGACACAAAGCACAACGACGGCAGCCCGGGCCGAGAGUUCUACAUGGACAAGGCCCUCAUGGAGUUUGUAGAGGACAGCAGGAAAACGGCAGGUCAGAAACGGCCUGAGGGCGUUGGAGAUGAGCGGGAGAUGAAGCCCAUGACUCGCGGAGGAGGGACCUUGGCAUGACCCAACUAAGCCAGAAGAUGGAUGCCAAAAGGGAUUUCAGAUGUUUCUAUUGAAUUCAUGUGAAAAGGUUUACCGUGAUACCACUCCAGUCCCAGGGACUACAAUAUUUUUGAUUACCUGUUUUAUUAAUUUAAUUCAAACUUUACGUGAAAGUUUUGUUUUUUUCUUAAGCCCAAUGUCUUUUUGUAAGAGUUUUUACGGUAUGUUCCGAAAUAACAUUUGUCAAUAAUAUUGGUAGUAUAGUUUGGUGCUAUUGUAGAGGAUAUGAAAGGCUCUUGCGAGUGAAAUAUUCUGAGGGAUUAUUUAAAUGUGUCACUGUAUCUACCAAUACUGAUUAGCGUAACAGGCAUUUUGUUUCAUCGAUGUUUUUAAAUGUAACUUUAUUUUUGUUCCACAUUCGUGCACGGUGUUCUCCCUCAUCUGUUAACAGGAUCAUGUUACUGCUGCGCAUGAAAUUAGUGCCAUUAACUCUAAUACAGCUGUUUUUAUAUUAGCUUAAUUUAUUAAAAUCCAUGUCCUACAACUCAUGAGUUUUUUUUUAAGCACAUGCAUUAUCAUAACUGACAAUCCUUAAAUUCAAUGGCAAUAUUGAUUUCAUUGCUUUAUUAAGUUUGUAAUACUGCAUCAAUAGAUAAAGGGAGUGCCUGUGACAAUUGUAUUACCUGUAAUCUUUUUGAUAACUAGCUAAAAAAACUAAAGGAAGUUCCACUUUUGUUGGCAUGAGUGUCAGUUCUACAUGGGACAAUCUGCCACAUGAAUACCCAAUAAUAAAACACAAUGUAAAUAUUCAAGAAUAAAACACUAUAUUUAGGGAAAUUCAA